AAACAUUACUGAAAGUUGUCAUAGCUAUUUGUAAUGAUAGUAACGUUUAUUCUAUUUUCAUCUACGACUCUCUACCCUCAUCACAAAAAUAAUAGCAGUUCCAAGUGUUUCAAUACUUUACAUCUUACGUCGCAAUUAUUGGUUAUAUUGUUCAUAUUGUUCUUUUAAAAAAAUAACGAAUAAGAUGACAAUUGAUCCUGCUAAAUCGAUUCCUGCAUUUUACGCAGGACAAAGUAUAUUUUUGACCGGUGCAACAGGAUUUUUGGGUAAAGUGUUUAUCGAAAAGGUAUUGCGAUCGUGUCCAGAUGUUCGUGAAAUAUUUCUUUUAAUGCGUCCAAAAAAAGGACUAGAUGUUAAUCAAAGACUGGAGAAAAUCUUAAAUUUACCGUUAUUCGACAAAUUGCGUGAAGAGCUACCUUCGAGUUUUAAGAAACUAAUUCCAAUUUCUGGUAAUGUUAACGAGAAGGUAUUAGGUUUAGCGGAUAAAGAUAAGCAAAUGUUAAUUGAUAGAGUGACUAUAAUAAUUCAUACAGCAGCGAGUGUAAAAUUUAAUGACAGUUUAAAAUAUGCCAUACUUAACAACACUAGAUCAACGAGAGACAUCUGUAUUUUAGCUCAAAACAUAAAAAAUAUUGUAGCAUUAGUGUAUGUUAGUACAGCAUUUACAAAUGUGAAUGAACCAUUCGUAGAAGAAAAAGUAUACUCACCUGUAGUUAAUUGGAAGAAAAUGAUAGAUAUGGCCGAAUCAUUAGAUGAGCAUAAUUUAAACGUUUUUACGGCUAAAUUUUUGGAUUAUGCACCCAAUACGUAUAUUUUUUCGAAAAACCUAGCAGAGAGUGUAAUUCACGAAUAUUCUUCGUCUUUGCCUUGCGCGAUUGUAAGACCUUCUAUAGUUGUGUCAUCAAUAAAGGAACCAUUUCCAGGAUGGAUAGAUAACUAUUAUGGUCCAAUAAGUCUUUGUGCUGGUAUCGCAAAAGGAGCAAUACAAAUAGUUUACAUAGAUAAAAGUUGUUAUAACAACAUUGUACCAGUAGACAUUGUCAUUAAAGCUAUGCUCGUUGCAUGCUGGAAACUUGGAUUGACCACGUUUACUAAAGAUUCUAAUUUAUUUGUUUUAAAUUGUGUAAAUGAGAAACGUACAACACAUCAAUAUGGCCGGAACAUAUAUCGAAGUUUGAAUGAUGAGAUACCUGCGGAAGGGACUAUCUGGAAUACAAAAGGAAGAUACACUAAUAAUUUUAUUUUAUUCUAUAUAUUAACGAUGUUAUUACAUGUUUCGCCAGCUAUAUUAAUAGAUCGGAUUUUAAUAUGUUUUGGACGUCGACCUAUAGCAAUACGACUGGUAAGACUAUUAUAUGUUGUCAAUUGUGUUAUAUAUUACUUUUCGUCUAAUAAUUGGGAAUACAGCAAUUUAAAUAAGUCGUUCUUGACAUCCUUAAUACUACCUGAAGAACAAGAAAUGUUCUCUUUCGAUUAUUCCGCUUAUGAUUCUAAAGAAUAUUACAAAAAUAUGAUGAUUGGUGGCAAAAAAUUUCUUCUUCGUGAAGACUUAAACCAAUUAAAUGCAGCUAGAGUACGUCAAAGAAGAGUAAAUCUGUUCUCUACAGUGGUGGAAAAUAUCAUCUUUCUUGGUGUAUUGUGGAUACUAUAUAAGUGGAUCUUUUUGUAGAUAUUACAAAAUUAUUUAUUCAUCAAUAUUGUAUGUAUAAGGAACUAGAAUUUAUGAUAAUCGAAUACGUAUACAAUGCACAAUAAAUUUAUUAUGUAUUUUCAAUGUAAUAGAAAUAUUUUAUUGCUUAUUGUUAAAUAUUAUGUAUAUAUAUUUAACACAUAAUAUACAAAAUGUAAAUAAAAUGCAAUGUGCAUAAAAGUGGAAUAAUUUAUGCAUGUAUUUUUCCAUUGUAUACGAAAUAAAACUUGCAGACAUGUGUAUUUUGUAACAAGUAUCUACAUCACUGUUACAAAUACCAAAGUUAUUUUUUAUGCGCACAUUA